CUUAGGACAUAGUACAUCCAACGGCCAACAUCCAAGUGAUCAAUGUCACUAGACAUCCAUCACAUGACCCCCUGAAGAUUCAACCCUUGUAGCCGCCACCUUCGCCGUCAUUCCCUCACAUGCCGCAUGCGGUAUGCCCGAUACAUCUAUGAUGAUCUGAGCGUAUCUCCUAGUGACUCGGCCUCCCCGGACUCCGACCGCCCCCUCCCAAACAAAAUACCGGUAUCUCCGACUGGCCAGUGGGAGUCCGAAUGACAAUGCUCUCGGACGACUCCGACCAAGAUAUACCCCGUCAAUCAUGACCAAGCCAAGAGGGAUCGGCGUUUCGUCAGUACCGUAGUGGGUUACUGUUCGAAGUGUCAUGAUGACUUGGUGGGACAGUGGCCCGGCUGGCUUAAGCCAAUGGCUGCGGCUUUAAUAUGAAACCAUCUAUAUGGGGUAUACACUAAAUGGGGAUUAAUUCAUUUCAGCCAUAUCACUCGUCCUCCUAUGCACCACUAGACCAGGAUGCUUCUCCACUUCUGGACCUAUACCCUCGGUGAUAAUGUUAUCGCCCGAGGUAGAAUUGACCGAUCUGGAGGGCUAAAUAUUGCUGUACAUCCACCCUUUGUCCUCUUUGUUGCACCGCAUCAACCGCCCACCGGGAACGAGAAAGUCCACCAUGAUUCCCCUGCUCAUUCUUGCGGCCCUCGCGGUCGUCUUCCGUCUCCUUUGGUCAAUCUUUACGAGCCUUCGUCAUGCUCAGAAUGCUCGCAAGUGGCACUGCGGUGCUAUCCCCACCUAUCCGGGUGAUAUACUCGGCAUCAACACGUUGAAGGAAGUUCUGCGUGCUGACAAGGAGAAACUCAUCCCCGUUUUAUCCGCACGGCGUGUCGAAACGAUGACAGCCCGUGAAGGACGAUACGUGUCGACCUUCCGCCUCCGCCAGAUGGGGAGGGAGAGCAUCUUUACUUCUGACCCGAAGAAUAUGCAGGCCAUUUUAGCUACACAGUUCAAGGAAUUCGAGCUUGGUGAUCUCAGAAGACAUUCCCUGCGCCCGCUGUUGGGCUCCGGCAUUUUUUCAACAGACGGCGAAUCCUGGUCGCGAUCGCGGACCCUUCUCCGUCCACAGUUCACCCGCGACCAAGUCAGCGACCUCGAUCUCGAAGAACGCCACGUCCAAAAAGCCAUGGCCGGCAUACCCGCUGACCCUUCCACCAAAUGGACUUCUGAAAUCGACAUCCAAACGAUCUUCUUCCGACUGACCAUCGACUCUGCCACGGAAUUCCUUUUCGGCGAAAGCGUCGAAAGCCAAUCUGCCGCAUUAAGCGGUGGUAGAAUCAUCGAAGACAAAUUUCCCUCCUACUUCGACCGCGGCCAAUGGUACGCCUCGCAGCGCGCGCGCUUCGAAAAGCUCCACUGGAUAGUAAACAACAAAGAAAGUCGCGAAACCAACCGUUUUGUGCACGCCUACGUCGACCGGUUUGUCGACGCUGCAUUAGCCGCUGUAAAAGAAGGCAAAACCAACCCCGAAAAGAGCAACUCGGACCAUUAUGUUUUUCUCCACGGUCUAACUGCCGCAACACAAGACCCCGUCGAACUCCGCUCCCAACUCCUCAACAUCCUCCUCGCGGGUAGAGAUACCACCGCUUCGCUGCUGAGCUGGUGCGUUCUUCUCCUCGCCCGCUAUCCGGAUAUCUUCCAGAAGCUCCGCAAUACUAUCCUAGCCGACUUCGGUGACUAUGAAAAUCCAAGGAACAUCACCUUCGCUUCGCUCAAAUCCUGUCGUUAUCUCCACUACUUCAUGAACGAGGUCCUUCGUCUCUACCCCAUCGUUCCAGGAAACCGUCGCGUCGCGGUAAAGGAUACCACCCUUCCCCGUGGCGGAGGCCCGGACGGCUCCGAGCCCGUGUACGUCCGCAAGGGCCAGCCCGUCGUGUACAGCGUGUUUGUCACGCACCGACGGAAGGAUAUCUGGGGCGCGGACGCGGAGGUGUUCAAUCCGGACCGCUGGGAGAAUCUCAAGGUCGGGUGGGAGUAUUUGCCGUUCAACGGGGGUCCGAGAAUCUGUAUCGGGCAGCAAUUCGCACUUACCGAGGCUGGAUAUGUGCUUGUUCGACUUUUGCAGAGGUUUGAUCGGAUUGUGGAUGCGAGGCCAGAGAGGGAUAUUCGGUUUAAUGCUACGCUGACUAGUGCGCCGUGGGAGAAUGUGAUUGUUAGGUUGAGGGAAGGGGCUUAGGAGAUGCCUUUUGGGUGUGCUUGGUGGUUUCUUUGACAGAUUUAAUAUUCACGACAUGGUCUAAUGAUUCUGUUUCUUCUCUGAGAAUAUAAUAUGAUAUUGCGUUCCCUGGCACUGAAGCUAGUCCUAUCUACAAACCUAGGUAUGUAGUACCAAACGCC